AUGGCCAGCCCCGCGCCCUUAGUGGCUUCCAUCAGUCACCAAAUGGUGGCUCUGCAGACCCUGCAGCUACUCCAGCAGGAGUGGGGCUGGGGCGACGGUCCUAGCGCCCCCGGAAGCCCACGCGGCCCGGACCACGUGCCCGUCGCCCAAGCUCGUCGCCCAGGCCAGAUGAGGACUCGGCGGGGGCUGGGACGCGGGGUCGCAGGAGCGCGGAGCUCCCCCGAGGCAGGCGGGCUGCGGGGCGCAGAGGGGGGCGCCGAGCUGCUGCCCUUCCCCCGGGACCGCGGGCCCUGCACCCUGGCGCGGAUGGCCAUGCGCAGCGCUCUGGCCCGCGUGGUGGACUCGACCUCGGAGCUGGUCAGCGUAGAGCAGACUCUGCUUGGGCCUCUCCAGCAGGAGCGGCCCUUCCCCAUCCACCUGAAGGAUAGUGUUGAGUUCAGAAACAUCUGCAGUCACCUGGCUCUACAAAUUGAAGGACAGCAGUUUGACAGAGACUUGAAUGCUGCGCACCAGUGUCUGAAGACCAUAGUGAAGAAGUUGAUCCAGUCACUUGCUAAUCUCCCAUCGGAUGCCCAUGUGGUUGCCUGCGCUUCCUUGAGACAGAUCUUACAGAAUCUCCCAGAUGUGUGA